UGGCUGGAGCAGCUCAGACGCGCAUGGAACGCUGAAGGUGACGGAUCUUCGCCGCGCUCAACAUGCGCCACGGCACUAGCGCGUAAAAAUAAUCCCUCUGGAUUAAACCACUGGCCGGGAAAAACAUGAGCAAGAUACGCAAAGGAUCCUGCCUUAUUAUGGAUGGAAAGUUCUGGGGAUUUUGGAUUCUACUGCUGUACACAAGUCCUCUAUCAUGUUUCUCAAAGUUCAGCCAUCUUGUAUAUAAGAUAAAGGAAGGCUUACCCAAGGGGAUUCUCAUCGGGUCUGUUGGAGAAGAUUUGAGGUUGGAUUUUUCUGUCGACCCCCCACGUCUGUUCCAUCUGGAAUUAAGGCAAAGUGGCUCUCAGUAUGUUAAUCUAAGCGAAACAACCGGGGAGCUUUACACUUCUGCUUUUGUGAUUGACCGAGAAACUCUAUGUGCAGAAUCCUAUGAGGGUCAAGGAUGCAUGAUCUCUCUGGACGUGCUCAUUCUGCCACAGCAGUACUUCCAGCUAGUUAAGAUCAAAAUCGUCAUUGAAGAUGUUAAUGAUAACAAGCCACAUUUUCCAGUGGAUGAGAUCAGGGUGUCCGUUCCGGAAAACGCACCAGUCAAUGCUCGGUUUGUGGUAGAGCAAUCUGCUGUAGAUCCAGAUAUAGGCAUUUAUGGGGUUCAGACUUACUGGCUGGCAAAUGACUUUGGAGUUUUCACACUGGAUGUUGAGCAAAAUGAAGGGGGAGAGUUGACGCCUUUCCUGAUCGUUACUGGGCCGCUGGACAGGGAAACGAAAGCGGAAUAUUUAACUGAAUUCAUUGCUGAGGACGGAGGAUCCCCGCCAUUUUUGGGCAUUGCCACUCUUAGAAUUAUUAUUACAGAUGUAAAUGACAACUGCCCCAAAUUCAGCGAGACUCAGGUAAAUGUGACACUUUCUGAAAAUACCACAAAGGGCUUGCAGUUGGCUCGGCUCUAUGCCUUUGACCCAGAUCAGGGUACCAAUGCUCAGAUUACUUACGCGUUCAGUAAACGGGUCACCAGAGAAACUCGGAACCUGUUUCAUUUGGAUGAAAUGACAGGGGUCAUCACCCUAGCAGGAAAGAUUGAUUCUGACACUGGAAAGUUGUACAAGCUGGUUGUGCUGGCUAACGGGCAAGCUUGCAUACCUGAUAUCGCUACCGUAACUGUGAAGGUUGUUAAAAUGGUUUUGGGACCACUAGCCGUCAUGCCCCGCUACAUUGCUUUAGAGAAAGAUGGUGUGGUUUCUCUGAGUGAAUCAGAGCCACCCUUUACACCAAUUGCUUUCUUUACCAUAAAAAAUGCGGACCCAAGGAAAAAGGUCACGUGCUUUUUGCAAGGGUCUGGACCCUUCCGACUCUUGCCAUAUAAAAAUAUGAACUAUGAGUACUUGCUGGAGACUACCGAUCCAUUGGAUUAUGAAGAGCAGAAAUAUUAUGAACUUACUGUGGUGGUCAGAAACACUGAUGGUGUAGGUGUUGAUACACAGGUGAAAGUGCAGAUGCUGGAUGAUAAUGAUAAUGCACCCAUAUUUAAGCAGUCAGUUAUUGAUAUCAAGAUUGAGGAGAACAACGCCCCAGAAACAUUUCUCGCUAAACUCCAAGCCACUGAUAAGGACAGCGGUAACAGGGGAGAGGUACUCUAUCUUCUUGGGUCAGAUGCUCCCCCAAAAUUCCACCUUGAUCGAUUGACUGGGGUCUUGACUGUGACCACAUCGCUUGACCGAGAGGAGAAAGAGACCUACCGGUUUAUAGUUCGAGCAGUCGAUUGUGGCACACCAAGGAAGGAGUCAAUUGCCACAGUUUCAAUCACCGUGCUGGACCGCAACGACAAUAGUCCUCAUUUUAUCAAUAAAGAUUUCACCUUCUUCGUCCCAGAGAACUUCCCAGGCUUUGGGGAGAUUGGAGUGCUGUCUGUCACAGAUGCAGAUGCUGGGGAAAAUGGCUGGGUGGCACUAUCAAUCAUCAAUGGAAGUGAUAUAUUUGUCAUUGACACAGGACGGGGGGCACUGAGAGCAAAGACCUCACUGGACAGGGAGCAGCAAGGAACGUACUACCUCUGGAUCGAAGCUGUGGACGGCGGGAAGCCUUCACUCUCUUCUGUCACCAUGGUUACUAUUUUGCUCCUGGAUGUUAACGACAACCCACCAAUGGUGCUGUUCCCCCAGUCCAACCAGUCCUAUUUGCUAGUUCUUCCCAGUACACUCCCAGGAACAUCCAUUACAGAGGUCUACGCUGUGGACAGAGACACAGGCAUGAAUGCUGUCAUUGCUUACAGCAUCAUCAAGCGAAGGGGUGGGGAACCAGGCUCGUUUGACAUAGACCCAAAUACAGGAAACAUCACUCUCAGGAAAGUUUUGAGUGACCGGGGUCUGUACAGCCUGCUGGUCAAGGUCAGUGACCAUGGCCAACCUGAACCACUGCACUCAACUAUUAUGGUCAACCUGUUUGUCAAUGAGACCAUCAGCAACGAGACAUACAUUCAGAGCCUCCUGACUCGAGAAGCAGAUAUCGGGAUUGAGGAGGUCAGACCACCAAACAGGCUCGCCCAGAGGCCUGAGUACGGUGACCUGUUCCCCUGCAAGCUACUAAUUAUUGCCCUUAUUACCACAUGUCUGGGGCUUUUCUUUAUAGUGGUGUCACUGACUGCAUAUAUAUGCUGUAAGAGCCAAAAAAAUCAUAAAAAGAAGAGAUUGGAAGUAGAGAUCCCUUUAAAAGUGAACAGUGACAGACAAGCCAUGGACAGGAAGCUGAUGGAAAUUUCUAACAUAUGACCAUGUCCCGUUACCCCCCCCCCCCUUAAUAAACUAUCUACAAAUUUAAAAUGUGCAGCUUCUCCAGACAAACAAAUGGAGUAUAAACUGAGAAAAUUGUAUAUACUGUAUAUUUGAUGUUUUGUAAUUUUAUGACAAAAAGACAAAAUAUAUUUAAAAAACCGCUAAAAUAUGUUACAUCAAAAGUGUGUCUAGUUUUGCAAAUCCACAUUUUCUCAAGCGCUUGACGAUUUGACGCUGUAUAAUUUAUUACACCUUACUAAGUAGUGCCCUUAGCAAUGUGUCAAACUGCCUAUUUUGUUACAGCUCAACUCAUUCUCUACCGUCCAAGCACAUGGUUGUGUUUUGAAUUUAUUAGUGAAUAUAUUUCAUGCAUUUUACUGUAUGUGAGUAAAAGACAUGUCUAUCAGGCCUGUGCGCUAGCCUUUUAGCGCUAGUCCACUGAACACCUGGAUUUACAAGGUCAGGUUGAAUUUCACAUAUUCUUUAUCCUUCUCUACCAAAAAAAAUCAAAUGUCUAUGUUUACAUGUGCUUAACAUGACUAAGAACUUAAUACAAAGAUCGAUCAAUCGGUGUCAAUCUGGAUGAAACGUCUAUCUGAUUGAAAGAUACAGAAAAUGUGGAAGGACUGUAAUUUCAAUUACAUUUGAAUCAGGAUAGAUAAAAAGAUUCUGUGCAUUUGUGUCGUACGGAAUAACAAUACAUUUUAUUAUAAACUGUAAAAGAUUGAAAAAUGAAUGAGAUUGAAUGUUAUAAACAAACAAGGUGAAGGAGAGCAGGUUUAACAUGCCGACCCAACGUUAGCUUAAUGUUCGCUCAACUUCUUCUCAUUGUUGGUAUUAUAAUGUUGUGAAAUGCCAAUCAUGGAAUGCACACAACUUUACUUUGACCUCAGAUUUUCAGUAGACAUCUGCAUUUGAAAAGAGUUCAUUCAGAUUGACAUGAUUGAAAAUCUUUGCAUGUGAACAUAGCCAACGAUUCAUUCUGAGACCUCACGACCUUGUGGCGUGUAAGAAAAGCGUACAUGCAUAUUAAAGUGCUUUAUUUUCUUACCACAA